ACACGCCGGCGAGGUCAGCGAGCGGAAGAGGCGCCCCGCGUCCAAUGGCUGGCGACGGCGAGGAGGAGAGGGAGGGGAAGAGGCGACGGGAGAUGAUCGAGGAGGAGAGGGAGGGGAAGAGGCGAAGGGGGAUGAUCAGAGAUGGUUCCCCUUCACCCUCGCCCGACGCGAACCCUGAGCAAGCAGCGGAAGCGGUUGAAGCGAAGGGAAAUCGAGGGGUCGCUAGUUCUUCAUCUCGGGCAGGUCUUCUUUUGCCCAAUUACGAGUUCGGAUGGCAUAUAUGCUUGUUCGUAGGCAGCAACCGCAAUGUUGACAUUAUGGCCUCAGUUCGCUCUCAAUACCGAAGAACAUGUUCUCUCUGUGCCAUUCUAAGUGCUGCCGAGCAAGACAUCCUCAGAAACUUAGCUCUCGAAGAGCCCGACCGGCAGCCAGACAUCUAUUUUGAUUGUGACACAUAUCAAGUUCAGUAUGAGAUCGAUGUAGGUGCUGAAUAUGGUAGGGAAGCCUUCUCCAGCAUACAAGACAGGCCGGUACGGUUACUAAACAUCUUCCAGAGAGAUGGAGUGAGGGCAUACUCCAGGUCAAGAGAAUGGUCUGGUGGGAAGAUGAUUAAGAUCUCAAAUGUCAGGUGGUAUACAUAUCUGACAUUUCGUGACUUCGAGAAUAUUAUAGCCAAUGGCCGUCCAAUUGUUGGUGGUUUCCCGAUUGGUGAUGAGUUCGAGAAUCUAGGCCCGGAAGAAAUCUAUGAAUUCAGCCCAGUCCAUAUAGUAAGACAGCCAGCUGGUUUUCACAUGGUUUUAUUUGUUGGUACCGGCAGCAAAGACGGAAGAGAGUUUGUAGCUUUCUUGAACUCCAAGGGAGACCGUUUUGGGAAGAAAGGUGUCGGUAAAGUAUAUUUCGAUCAACUUAUCAGGUGUUUUUACACAUUAGAGUGCCGUGCUCCGCCACCACCUCUUCCCUCUGGCAGUUCAGACCUUGUGGUCGCUGGCCCUGGUGAUAAUGAUGAUACCCUGGGUUCAUCUGGUACUGCCUCUGAUGUCAACAACAUGUCGAGCUUCUCCAAUGCCCCUGAUGGCGAUAAUGCCCAGAGCUCUACUUCUCCCACUCAAAGUUUGUCCCAGGCUGGCAAAAGUAACAAAUACGACGAUGAUCCAGUCUCUUCUUCUUGUGCCAUUGAAACAGAGAGACAAGUCACUCGUGUUGAUGGUUGGGCUCCAACUGCACCAGCGGUACUGAAUGAGGAUGUCCAAACCGGCAGAUGUGCACUUGUUGUAAAGGCUGAAAGGAUGUUAAAAGAACUCAAAGGGCCAUGGAGGAAGAAGAAACUUCAUGAGAUGGGUUUUGUUCCUAGUAAUAAGAUGAAUGGUCUGUAUUUUACCAAUGUUCUUCUCAAGAUCAGUGAUAAGCAUGUUAGGUCCAGAUGUUGGCCAAUGAUACCAAGGUACAUGGCAUCUAUCUCGACUCAGUUUCCGAAGGUAGAGAGGAUCAAUUCUGUUUUUAAGCAACUGGGUGAUGGAAGUGAUGAUGCUAUCAUAAACAGAAGGGAUGGAGUGAGCGGAUCUCAAUUUAGCCAAGUAUUGAGUGCCAAGCUUAAUCAAGUUAUAAAGGCUUACCAUAAUAUGGUUCAGCGGGAGCUUUCAACGAUCAUCAUUGAUCAAAGAAAUUACCACAUGGAAAUCUUACAAGCUGAUGCACCAGAUAAUGUUCCAUCUGGUCUCCAAGAACCAAAAGGGACGAAAGCACAAACAGAAAAUAUCAUCAUCUGGUCCAGCUAAUAGCUUUCAUACUACGAAUACUACUGGCCCCUUCCCCAGCUUGGCAUCCUCAACCCCUUCCACAGAUACUCCAGGAGACAACAUAUCAAUGUCAUCGAUGCAUCAUAAU